GGUCUGUGACCUGGGGGGAGGCACACGGUAAAUCAGCUGGGACCAUGACCACAGGACUCAGCCUGUGUCUACACCUUGGACCUGCUUCUGCCCCUGCCUUCUGCUCUGCCUCCUGCCCCACCCGCCACAAUCCGGGCUAUCGCUAUCGCUAUCGCUAUCGUUCAGAUAACUUCUCUUCCAGGGGCCUGAGGAAGAGAUCUGAGGGGAGGGGAGGGGCCAGAGGCCAGGAGCAGGUAGCCAUUGCUGGCUCCCUGGCCUCCACCAACCUGAACCUCUUACCCAUGGUCUUUCUCCGUCUGCCCCUUUGUUCUCCCCAGCUCUCUUGAGCCAUGGCUUCUUCAAAGCUCCGAGAACCCGCUGAUGAGGUUUUUGACCUAGACUUGGCUGUGCCAGAGACCGUCAGACUGGACAGCAGUUUACACAAAGCCCGGGCCCAACUGCUGGCCAAAGGCCGUAGACAUCGGCCUUCCCGCUCCAGGCUUCGGGACAGUGCCAGCUCUGCGGAGGAUGGUGAAGGCUCCGAUGGGCCCGGAGGCAAGGUUGGGGCCGCCCACCCAAUCACACAUACCCCACCCACUCUUCUUGCCCCUGGAGAGCCCCUCCAAACCCUCUUCCAGGGAAGCCACACACCCAGGCGGGCACCAGGGCCAGAUGGCAUGAUUCUAAGUCGGGAGAAUUUCCACCACCUCACACUGGCAGCUGGAGGAGGCAGGCAGGCAACCACAGGCUAUUUCCGUCCCUCUUCCCCAAAAGAUGACAGUCGGGAUGCCAGCCCACCUGAGCCUGCCAGUCCCACCAUUGGCCUGGAUAAGAAGACUCGCCGGAAGUUCCUGGACCUGGGGGUCACCUUACGCCGAGCAUCUACUAGCAAGAGCCGGAAGGAUAAGGGCAGCAACCGCCUGUCCAUGGGCAGCAGGGAGUCGGUGGAGGGGUCCAGCAGGUCAGCGGGCUCCCCGUUCCUGCCCUUUUCCUGGUUCACAGACAGUGGCAAGGGCUCGGCGUCCUCCGGCAGCACCACCUCCCCUGCCUGCUCCCCUAAACAUGAGAGCUUCAGCCCUAAGAAGUCAGCUUCUCAGGUAAGUCCAUGGCCUUCUUGCCCCCAUACUGGCCCUGGGGCUCAGAUGACAUGAGAGCAUACUCCACUCUGGCUCGGGCGGGGAUCAGGCAUUCCUAGAGCCCAUUAGUCCUCCAUAAAGCCACCCGGUGGCCACUCAUCCAUCCAUCUGUUUGUGCAUUCACUUGUUCACUUAUUCAUAUUCUGA